AUGAACAAUCACGUAAUUCAUGAUCAAUCAUCUUCAAAUAUGAAUACUGAUCAUUCAAAUAAUAGUAAUUCUUGUUCAGAUUUGCAUUCAAUUAUUAAUGAACAAUCAUUUCAUGAUCAAUCAUCUUCAAGUAUGAAUAUUGGUCAUUCAAAUAGCAGUAAUUCUCAUUAUUGUGUUGAUUUUGAGCUCUACAAUACUGAAACUUUUCAGCUUAUUCCUUAUGAUAAGUUGAUACAUAAGAAGCCUUUCAAAGGAUUGUUGUUUCAUUCGUUGGAUAUUGGUCUUGACUUUUACAAGACUUAUGGUCAAGAAUCUGGUUUUGAUGUGAAUAUGUCAAGUCAAAAAAGAUACAAUGAUGGCACAAUUCGUAUUAGAUAUUCGACAUGUAGUAGAUCUGGUUUCACGGAGUCAUUCAAGUAUGAAAAUAUUAAUGUGAAAUUUUCAGAUGUUAAGAGAAGGAGAACUUCUUCAAAGAAGAAAGGAUGCCUUGCUGUUUCAAAGUUCAAGAAUCUCCAAUGUUCUUUAAUGUUCUACAUUUAUGUGUUUGUUGAAGAUCACAACCAUGAACUUGUUGCUCAAGAUCAGUUGCACUUAUUAAGGUUAAUAGGACAAUAUUCCCAAAUGGUUGUGGAUAUAUUGACAAACAGAAAAUUAUGUUUCUCUAAUUUUUCCUUUGAUGUCCAAAAAGAUGCUGAUGAUCAUCUUACUAGACUUUUUUGGGCUGAUGAUACUUUGAAAGCCAACUAUAAGGAAUUCGGAGAUGUACUAUCUUUUGAUGCUACUUAUCAAACAAACAAGUAUUCUAUGGUAUUUGUUCUUUUUACUGGAGUUGACUGCCACAAGCAUUGCGUUACUUUUGCUGCUGGUUUACUAGCUCGUGAGAUAGCAGACGCAUAUGUGUGGUUGCUUGAAGUGCUUCGUAAAGCAUUUUUCAAGCCUCCCAUGAUGAUUAUAAUAGAUCAGGAUUCAUCAAUGAAGAAAGCUAUUAAUUUUGUUUUUCCUAAAUUGAAGCAUAGACUAUACAUGUGGCAUAUCACUCAUAAACUUGAGGAAAAGUUCAUGAUGUCGUUUGAUAGUGCAAUGGAGAAGCAAAGGCAUCAUCAAUCUUUAUUAGAUUAUCAUUCCACAACUACUACCCCCAAGCUAAUGACUCAUUUGGCUAUUGAAAAGCAUGCAUCGGAAAUUUAUACACAUAAUAUUUUCUUGGACACUCAGAAAAAGUUAUAUAAAUCCGUGUUUUACUAUGUUCAAAAAUCUGUAGUUAUUGAAGAUGAAAGUGAAGUUUAUGUUUUGAGAGAUAAGAAGAAAAAAGUUGUAUUUAGUAGAAGGGGUGAUAGCAUUAGCAUCAGUUUUAGCUGCAUGCUUUUUGGAAAAGAUAUCAUAGGUGGUGGAUUGUUGAGAAAAAAGUACUCAUAUCCUCAUAAAGGCGGUAAAAGUGAAUGUUUGAUUCAAGAUGCGCAUGCUAUUCUUCGUUUGUCCAUUAACAAGAUAGAAAAUAAUGAGGAUGAGUUGGCUAAAUAUAUAAAGCAACUUCAGGAGGUUGAUAGUGGUAUUCCUUUAUGUACCUCAUCAAGGGCAUCUUCGAGUAGAGCAAUUCACAUUGAAAAAAUUAUUGGAGAUGCAGUACCUGAUGUUAUCAACAUUCAUAAUCCAGAGGGGAUCAGAAACAAGGGAUGGGCCAGUGGUAAAAGAAUCAAGAGCACUAGAGAGAAAGUGAUUGAGAAAUCUAAAAAGGGUUCUAGGUUGUGCAGUUUAUGUCAUAAACCAAAUCACAAUGCUAGGAGUUGCAUUUUGAGGUUAAAGAAGUGUGAUUUAGAAUCUGAGGUUACAGAAGGCUGA